CCGCGGCUGCCGCGGUUGGCUCGAGUUUCUGAAAGCCUGAAAAAAGGAGGAAUUGUUUCUUAUCGGUCGCCGCCUCAGGGAGGAAGUGAGGGUGGAUUUUCUGCUGAGGGUCACGCUGUGCAUCCACGGGGAAGAGGUGACGUCGAUAGACGUUACAACGACGCAACAGUGUCUCGAAAGCGCCGCAGCCGGGAGGGCGCCUGGGAGAAGCGCGCCUCGGCGUCGCGGGUGAUGCUCCUGGCGACUUCCGCCAGGCCCAGCGGAAACUCGGCCUGAUUUUCACGAAAUAGUGUCCUCCGGCCCCUACCUGUGAGAACUCCGAUGUAAGGAUUCUGUUUCAGACUGGUGUGAUUGGAAGCAGGAAAUACUUGCAUGUUAAAGGACAAAGUUGUUAACACAAAUGUAACUUUGGAACAUUGUGGAGAACAACAGUUUGACCAAUGUCUGAAACUGAAGACAGUCCUAUAUAGUGAAAAGGACUCUGAACUUGGUCCCAGAGGAUCUAGAUUCAAGUCUGACCCAUGUGCCCUUUGGGAAAUCUAAGUUCAUUUCAAGGCAUUCGAAAUGGGGAAAGACUAUUAUGGCAUUUUGGGAAUUGAAAAAGGAGCUUCAGAUGAAGAUAUUAAAAAGGCUUACCGAAAACAAGCCCUCAAAUUUCAUCCAGACAAGAACAAAUCUCCUCAGGCAGAGGAAAAAUUUAAAGAGGUCGCAGAAGCUUAUGAAGUAUUGAGUGAUCCUAAAAAGAGAGAAAUAUAUGAUCAAUUUGGGGAGGAAGGGUUGAAAGGAGGAGCAGGCGGUACUGAUGGACAAGGAGGUACCUUCCGGUACACCUUUCAUGGUGAUCCUCAUGCCACGUUUGCAGCAUUUUUCGGAGGUUCCAACCCCUUUGAAAUUUUCUUUGGAAGACGGAUGGCUGGUGGUAGAGAUCCUGAAGAAAUGGAAAUAGAUGGAGAUCCGUUUGGUGCCUUUGGAUUCAGCAUGAAUGGAUAUCCAAGAGACAGGAAUUCUGUAGGGCCAUCCCGCCUCAAACAAGAUCCUCCAGUUAUUCACGAACUUAGAGUAUCGCUUGAAGAAAUAUAUAAUGGUUGUACCAAACGGAUGAAGAUUUCUCGAAAAAGGUUAAACCCUGAUGGAAGGAGUUAUAGAUCUGAGGACAAAAUUCUCACCAUUGAGAUUAAAAAAGGGUGGAAAGAAGGCACCAAAAUUACUUUCCCAAGGGAAGGAGAUGAAACACCAACUAGUAUUCCAGCAGACAUUGUUUUUAUCAUUAAAGAUAAAGAUCACCCAAAAUUUAAAAGAGAUGGAUCAAAUAUAGUUUAUACUGCUAAAAUUAGUUUACGAGAGGCAUUGUGUGGCUGCUCAAUUAAUGUGCCAACAAUGGAUGGAAGAACCAUACCUAUGUCAAUAAAUGAUAUUGUGAAACCUGGAAUGAGGAGAAGAAUUAUUGGAUAUGGGCUGCCGUUUCCAAAAAAUCCUGACCAACGUGGUGACCUUUUAAUAGAAUUUGACGUUUCCUUCCCAGAUGCUAUAUCCUCAUCAUCCAAAGAAGUACUUAGGAAACAUCUUCCUGCCUCCUAGAAUGAAAAACUUUGUUACCCAUAUUUUGAUAAGGCACUGAAAAUAUAAAAGGACUGGCUAUUUACUGUUGUAGAUGUGAAUUCUGUAUAAAGACAUGUAAAUUAUUUUGAGGGUUCAUUAAAUUGCAUGAAUAGAGACGGGUCAAAUAAAUAGGCAAAAGGGAUUUUUACAGUUGGAGAUGAAGAGAAAACCAUUCACUGUAUUUUAUUUCAUUUCUCCCAAAUCAAAAAUUUUUAGUAUUUUGCUUACAUGUAAAAUUUGUUUUUGUGGAGUUAGUAAAUAUAUUUCUAAUAAAGUACUAGACUUAUAUCUUUACGUUAUCAGUAUGAUAGGUUCUCAUUUAUAAUGGAAAUUUAAAUUCUCAACUGAACUACACAUGUGAUAUGUAUUUCUGGAAAAUAAAACCCCAAGUCAUUUGGAAAUGUGGUUAACUAGAUUUAAAUCACCAUCUGAAAUGCUGUUAUAGGGCUGGUAUCCAUAAAAGAAUAUCCUAAUGCAUAUGUUUUACCAUUUUGAUUUUUAAAGUAUUCUGUAGCAUUUCUUAAAAACAUAGCUGUAAAGUUCUUAAGGCAGACCUUUUCUUCAUAAAAAGGAAAUUAAUGGCAAUUUAUCUCCUGUGGAAAUCCCAGUUGCCUGAAUUACUGAUAUUUUAGAAGUAGGCUGUUUUUAAAAUGCCAUAUGUAAUUUUAUGCAAGUUGACUAUAUAUCUUGGACUUAUAAAUUAUAGGCACAUUUUAUUGUCCACUAGUUUAAAAUAAUUUGUUUAAAAUUGUGUUUUUAGAGGAAAUAUUGUUAUGUGGAAUUAAUUUUCCAAUUAAAUAGUCUUCUAUAACUUACUCAUAAUAAUCUAUAUGUACCUUAUGCAAUUUCCCUAAAAAUAAUAAACUACCACUAUGGUGUUAAACCAAAAUACGGGGAAGAUAAACACUAACUGCUGCUUAUGAAUGAUGUUGCUACUACUUGUUAUGCAUAUAAAUAUUUUACUUUUUCAUAUGUAUAGAUUGCAUUUCUUAGGUGUUUUAAUUUUUUAAAUAUAUUUACGUUUAAAAAAUUGUUUUGUUUUGUUUUAUUACUGUAGCGAGAAUGAUGUUUCAAAACAAAGUCUUUAGUUCAAAAGUAACUUUCAGGAUGAUUGUUAUAUAUACACAAGGUAUACUGGGUCCUAUCGCCUUUUAGCAGGAUAUGAAGUCUUAUUCUUUUAGAAAUUCAAUAAAUAGGUUUUACUCACCAUAUACUUUAUAGCUUUAUUGAGAUAUAGUUCACAUGCCAUAGAGUUUACCCUUUUAAAGUGUGUAAUUCAGUGAUUUUAGUAUGUUUACAGAGUUGUGUGACGACUUUCUAAUUUCAGAACAUUUUUAUCACCCUAAAAAGAAACUCUAUAUCCUUUAGCAUGCGCUCCCAAUUCCUCCAUCUCCUGGCAAACACUAAUCUACUUUCUGUCUCUGUGGAUGUAUCUCUUCUGGACAUUUCAUAUAAAUAGGAUCAAACAA